AUGUUUGCAAAUGCGGAACCUGAGGAUCGCAAAUGCGACCCUUAUCUUCGCAAAUGCGAAGUUGUCCCUCCCAUCCCACUGCUUGCAAAUGCGAUGGCCUCUUCGCAAAUGCAAGGACAUCUGCCUGCCAAUGACAUGCUUUUAGCAGCUUCCGAAGCGUUGGCUGCUCAAGUAACUGAGGAGCACUUUGCCAAAGGGAUGAUUUACCCUCCGUUUGGUAAUAUCAGAAAGAUCUCAGCUUAUAUUGCUGCUAGUACUGUAGCUGCUAAAGCAUACGAACUCGGUGUGGCAACACGUAUUUCCCGACAUGCAGAUUUGGUUACGUAUGCUGAUGAGAGUUGCAUGUAUACUCCUAAUUACCGCAGUUAUCGGUAA